AAUUGGUUAUGAUCUUGAUUAAUAACAACAAUUUCUAUUAUACACCCGACUAUUUCUGCAUAUUUUUAUUUGCUAGUCAAAAGACUCAUAAACUCCUCAAAAACGUCCGAGCCCAACCAUCGAAAAUCCAGUUAACUCAUUUAGUCUUCUCUUACAUCCGCCAUUGUUGAUUCUCUCUCUCUUCCAUCGACGCCAUUUUCAAAUCACCUCGAAAAGCUUGGGGAGAGAGACACACACAGAGAACGAUGAGCGGUCACGAUUCCAAGUACUUCUCCACUACGAAGAAGGGAGAAAUCCCUGAACUCAAAGAAGAGCUCAAUUCUCAGUAUAAGGGGAAGAAGACAGUGAAGGGAAAUGAGCUGGAGAGAUCGUUUUGGAUAGAUUUGCAACUGCUAUACCUCAGAUAUUUUUUUGUAAUUAUUGACCUGGUGGAGACACGUGUCUCGGAUUCGAUGUUUAAUGUUCUACGGACCCUUUUAAAGCGGACGAAGUCACUCAAGCUCUUAAACAAAUGCACCCCACGAAAGCGCUGGUACCCGAUGACAUCGCAUUUUGGACCUGGUGCGGGGAAGAGUAUGGACAUUAUGAGAAGUACGACGGAGAGCUCGGGGCCCAGACACGUUAGAUCCCGUGGUAUUUCGGCCUCGGCUCGCAGAGAACGGGUGCACUAUUUUGAGGAUGAUGAAGAUGAUGAUGGUGAUGAGGAGGAGGAGGAGGAGGAGGAGGUGGAUACAGAUGAGGUUAUUGACGAUCAGAGUGGACCAUAUGAUGAUUACGGUCCAUCCAGUCGGAGGCUUGAUGAUAUGUAUGAGACGCGUAGGGUAGAUGUGCGUAAGGGUAGAGAUGGUAGAUUUGUUAGUAGAUUUGGCACAUCUUCUGCGUCCACUGUGUUUGUGGUAAGCAGAAAACGGUCAAACUUCAUUUGUAUUUAAUAAGUAAUUUAUUAUUUUUUGAAUAAUUAUAUGAUAAAACUUUCAAACUUCA